AUUUUAGCUGCCGUUUGACAGUUAUAACAGAAAAAGAAACUAUCUUAUCUGCUUUCAUUUCCUUUAUAUAUGAAAAUAAAACCCUUGCAAUUGAAUUACCUCACAAUCAAGAAUUUUAUAUCCAUUUUCACAAGUUCCAUAGCAGCUCAAACAAUCAAACGUACAUCAUUUCCGCGACUUCUUUCUUCGGUUCUAAUGGCAGAGCCGGAGCUGAAGCUGAAGCCGGACUCGGAGCCGGAGCCGGACUCGAAGUCAGACUCAGAGUCGGAGCCGAAGCCGGACUCGGAGUCGGAGCCGAAGCCGGACUCAGAGUCAGAGCCGAAGCCGGAGGUGGAUCCUCCAAACAACGUUAGAUUUGACAUGAAUGAUGGAAAGCGUAUCUUCAUGUGCCGUCGUUGCAGAAACCACCUUGCCACCUGGGAGAACUGCAGUCAUUAUAUAGGUGGUGGGAAGCAGCCUGGAUAUCUUUGCUACCCCGUUGUCAAUGUGAAGACCGAUCAUGUAUCGUCUGUUUGGUUUCUUUAUAAAUUUCCGGUGGUGAAUGUCCAUUGCAAUGGAUGCGACACACACCUUGGAGAGAAAUUUUUUGCACUUAGUAGCCCUUACUUUGAACAAAUGCACGGAAGUAUUUUGCUUCAUCCGGACCGGAUACUGCUUUGGGAUGGAACAAAGGAGUAUCAUCCACCCUGGGAGAACUGAAUCUCUCAGGUCAAUGUUCACUCAGAAUGCAAUUUCUACUAGGAAGACAACUGCUGCUGCUUUUCCUUUUCCUUUUUAGUUUACAACUUUCUAAGGGUUCUCUGAAUAUUGUCAUCAAAAUACUGUAAAAUCUGAGAUUGGUUAUAUGAUUGCUGUUGGGUUUGGUAGUUUGCAUGGGAUUGUGCAGAUAAAACAAGGAUUUUAUAGCCAAAGCCAACAAUUUGUGAAGGCAAACUAAUUCAAGUGAGCAUCUUUGAUGUGCUCUUGAACGUGGUUGAUAUUUGCUAGCAUACCCCUGCAACAAGAAAGAGUAACAACAGUUAAAGAAAUAUAUACAUAUUUGACGUUUGCAUUUACCCAGCUUCAUUUAUAUUACUGGUAUUUUGUGAUACAUCUCCAAGGCCGAAAUAGAAGCCUACUUGUUAUGAUUAAGGGUGGGUUUGGAUGGGCGAUUGGGUAGGUACGGUACGUUUAGUUUACGUUUUGUCUCACGCUACAGUAUCGCUACAGUAUCUAAUC